AUGCAGUUGACCCCGAUCAAAGUCCGAGGCAAGCGUGGCAAAGCCGCUUCCUCCUCCAAACCACAGACCAAGGACUCAUCAUCACUGGCGCAGAAGCGGGCGUCACGCCUUUCAAGUCGUCCAGUCGCCAAGCGCCAUUCACUCUUUGAACUCAACUUUCCCCUCGAGAUCGCCGAGCACAUUUUUAUACUCAGCGAGAAUCUCAACUUUCCUCGUUGUAGCCCGCGCAUCGGCGCUCUGCUCUCUGGGCGAUCUACUCUCGUCAAUAUUCUCAUUGCCGCUUUCCAUCCGACCUGGGACUGCUGGUUCGGUGUCGACAAGCGAGUGAUCAAGACGGCUUUGAAACAAGGCGCGGCAGACGACGCGCGAGGACUAUGGCGUUAUGAGAGCUUCCCCGAGUUAUUUCCAGGUGACGCCGAAUUCCAGUCUUCGCUGCUGAGCAGUCCAUGGAUCAACGUGGACAUCAUCUUUGAGGCUCGACACAUCUGGGCUUGGCGCUUUGCCCGCGACAGGUGGUACUCACACUCCCACGUGGGCCUGAAAGACGAAGAAGAAGCAGAGCAGGAUAACCCCCUCGAAUCACCUCACGAUCGGGUCGGCGGUUUCGGUCACUUUGACUCCCGCGGUUGUUUCGAAUACGACUGGCUCUCCUACGGCCUCAACGGCUCCAAACCGGCGCUUGACCUUUACGUUGAUGUACACCCAAAGACGACGAUCCCUGACGACCUCCUCACCGGCCCGUGGACGCUUGAGCAGCAGAGACUCCUUUUCUGGCUUCGGAGGGGCGGCGCAAAGAUUCAGCCGGAAAGUCAGACUUGGGAAACUCUUCGUGUCGGCCUCCAAAAUGCCGUCACGCAUCGCAGUCCAGGCAACCUAGACGGGCGCUUGAUCGAAAUGCUCCUCCUAGUGGAAGACUACUUUCCCUCGCACGCACUGGAAGACAACCCGUCGCUGUGGCCGCUCGAGAUCCUGGAAGAGGAGCACGCCAAAGUCGGCCGGUUGCUAGCAGCGAGGGCCCGCAGCACCGCGGGACUCUUGUUCGAGCUCAUUGAGCUCGAGAAGCGGAUGAUUGAGUAUCACCGCCGCGUGGUCGAUCUGCUUACGUCGAGACUUAGUCGCCAUGAUCGAUUGGCGCCGUCUUCGAUCAUGGCUGCUGGCCUGUUACCUCAGCCGCGGAACCAUUGA